GUCUAAGCAAAAGAAUGAGUGGAAAAAGCACUGCUCAAAAAUUACUUGCGACAUAUUCCCAAAAAAAAUUGUUUUAUGAAUGAUUUUUAAGAAUCUGAGUAUUCAUUUCUUUUAUAAGUGAAUUUGCAUAAAAUAAAGACUGAAGAUGAAAAUCACUUAGACAUACCCUCGGUUACAUGGAUAUACGAAAGCCCAAGACUAAUAAAUUUUACAUCCAAAUGGUAAGGUGGCUUGUUUAGCAAUAAUUAGCUUUCUUGGAAAAAAUAAAAGUAAUUAUUAUGGUGAAGAGUUGGUGUGGAUCAUUGAUUUAAGUAAGAAGAAAAACUAAAUUUAAUUGAUGCUACUCGUUACAAAGAGAUAAACGUUUUGAUCAUGAGGUUAUUUGAAAUCUCUAAGAAAGCUAAACAAGUGGAAAACUAUAAUAAUAAUGUCUAAUAAUAGGAUCUUUUGUAAUUAAUUGAUUUAUUCAUACUCUGACCAUUGCAAUGUAAAAAAAAAAGGGUUUUUAGUGAUAUCGAUAAUAAUAAAUCGAAAAAGAGAAUUGGGUAAAUUCUGUAUAUUUAAUAAUGAAGAGUACAUGAGCUUAUAAGUUCUAUGUAAUGACUAAAUUAACAAAAAAAUUGCCAUACUAAUUACAAUCCAUUAGAAUAAAUCGAUUGUAUGUAUAGUCAAACGAAGAUAAUGCACUGUCCCGAAAGAUAUGGGCAAUCAAAAAAAGAUGAUGGCCAUUCCUGAAAAUUAUGCGAAAUCAAGGGAGGGACACAGAGUUUCCAAUAUAUAUAUCAACGACCAUCGUGGAAGGGUUUGCAUGGAUAUCGGGCAAACUAUUUGAGAUAGUGCAGAAGAUGGCGAAACGCGCCAUUGCUGUGUUAUCAUUCUCCAUCGCCCUCUUCACCCUCGCUCAGCAAUCAUCAUGUUCCCAGCCUUUCAAACCCUUCUCCUUCCACCGUGCGCCAAGGUUCCCCGGCAGAUCCUCAACGUCCAAACUCCGCCACCUAUACGACAGCCAGCUAUCGAAGCAGGUUCCCCGGUACGGAUACGAGACGCGGUACUUCGAGCAGCACCUUGACCACUUCAGCUUCUCGAAGCUCCCGAAGUUUAACCAGCGGUACCUCAUCAGCUCGGAGCACUGGUCCGGGCCCGGUCGGCUUGGACCCAUCUUCAUGUACUGCGGAAAUGAAGGCGACAUCGAGUGGUUCGCUGCGAACACAGGCUUCAUGUGGGAGAUAGCCCCGAGCUUUGGUGCAAUGGUGGUUUUCCCUGAACAUCGGUAUUAUGGUAAGUCAAUGCCAUUUGGGAGUAAAGAGAAAGCGUACAAGGAUGCCACUACCUUGUCUUAUCUUACUACGGAGCAGGCGCUGGCUGAUUACGCGGAGUUGAUCACACUUUUGAAGCGAAACUUGUCUGCCGAGGCCUGCCCUGUUGUUCUUUUUGGUGGUUCAUAUGGUGGAAUGUUAGCAGCAUGGAUGAGGUUAAAGUAUCCACAUAUUGCCAUAGGCGCACUUGCUUCUUCAGCUCCGAUACUUCAUUUUCCAGAUAUUGUGAAACCAGAAUCGUUCUACAACAUUGUCUCCAAUGAUUUUAAGCGCGAAAGUACUAGCUGCUUUAACACUAUUAAAGCAUCCUGGGAUGCAUUGACAGCUGAAGGCAAGAAGAAGAAUGGUCUUAAGCGACUGACAAGAAUGUUCCGGUUAUGCGGGGAGUUAAAGAAUACAGAUGACCUAGCUGGUUGGCUGGAUUCUGCUUACUCCUAUUUGGCAAUGGUUGACUAUCCAUAUCCAUCCGACUUUCUUAUGCCUCUACCUGGAUACCCGAUAAGAGAGGUCUGCAGAAAGAUUGAUGGUUGUCCAGAUGGGACUAGCAUUCUGGAACGUGUCUUUGAAGGUGUUAGUGUCUACUACAAUCACACCGGAGAAGUUGAUUGCUUUGAUUUGUAUGAUGAUCCUCAUGGCAUGAGUGGCUGGGACUGGCAGGCAUGCACGGAGAUGGUAAUGCCAAUGACUAGUAACCCAGAUACGAGCAUGUUUCCUGAAUACGAUUUUGAUCUUUCUUAUUACAAAGAGGAUUGCCGGACCCAAUUCAAAGUCAAUCCGAGACCAAGGUGGAUAACAACUGAAUUUGGUGGGAAGGACAUCAUGACCACUUUGAAAACGUUUGGAAGCAACAUCAUCUUCUCAAACGGCAUGCUUGAUCCUUGGAGUGGCGGCAGUGUGACCCAGAAUGUAUCUGAUUCUAUUGUUGCUCUAAACACACAAGAAGGUGCUCAUCACAUAGAUUUGCGCGCCGCAACGGCGCAGGAUCCCGUCUGGCUUGUAGAACAGAGAGCGACUGAGAUCAAGCUGAUUAAGAAGUGGUUGAGCGACUAUUAUCAGGCGAAGGGAGCUACCAUCUAAUCCUGAAACCGGCGACAGGGCUAGCAUUCAUGUAAAUAUGUGCAUGGUCUUCCGUUCUUAUAACGAGACCAGCCAAGAAAAAAAAGGGGCAAAUGUUGAUUGCUCGGAAAGAGGAAUGGAGGGGGAGUAGUUGCUCGCAAAGGUGUCCUAAACAAAAGGCGAGACCGAUUAUAAUGAUGUCAGUUCCGUCGUUUUAUAAUGGUGUUUACAGAGUAAUACAAAAUUUGCAUCUCUCUCUCUCUC